GGCAGAGGAGCUCGGGGGCCAUUUUGUGAAGAGACGGCGAGCGAACGGUCGUGAGCUGCUUGCCUGCUGUAGCUUCGGCGUCUCGGCACGGAACCGCAGUAGGAGAGGCAGUCUCUUCUCUCGCUCCAUCUUCUCGGGCAGCAAGGCGAACCCCAUCCUUACUCACUGGAGCUCAGCUUUGAUUUUUAACUUCCCUUCCCCACCCUUCCAGAACACACACAUUCCCAUUACAAAAUUGAUUUUAUAAAGACAUUUUAAACAUAAUGAUGCAACUUGGUGUGCACUACAGCAAAUAUACAGGUGUUUUUUUUAAAAUUAUUUCCAAAACAGACACAAAAAAAACGGGACCUGGAUUUAAGAUGUAAUUUUUAAAAUUUCUAUUUCUAUUUUUUCUGCAGCAGUUGGGUUAGAGGAGGAGCCUUUUAGCCUCAUAAACUGACCUCUCUACUUCCUCGUGUAUUUUUAAGAUUAAUUGAUGAUGUGGAAAGGGCUUUGCUUGUCUGCUAUUGAGAACAUUACCCUUGGCGGUUUUUGUGGAAACUGCUUUUGGAAAAGAAAAGAAAUGAACUUUACUGACUUGACAUUUUUACACCUCCCGUUUUUCUAAUCUGGGCUAUUUUUAUUUUUGUUUUUUUACAGUGAGAUUUUUUUGAUCUUCAGCUACAGUAAGUUAUUACAAUUUUUUUUUUACAUUUUUCCUGACUUUCGCUGGUUUCCUUUUUAUUGUUGUUACUUACUAGUUAUUUAUUAUUACUAUACUUAUUAUAAUGGUGAUGAUGAUGAUGAUAAUGAUGAUUUUUAACCGGAUUAAAGUGGAGUUUUUCCUGAAUGUUAAGAUUUCUUCAGCCUCCUGAUUGACUUUGGAGUUUUCCAUCUUGGGAGAGAAAGUGAAGGUGUUAGCAUUUUUAUAGUAGUUUGAUCACAUAAACCUUUUCUCUCCCAACCCCACCCUUGCCCUCAACCCCUUCCCCACACUGGAAAUAAUUUUACUGGCUGUUAAGUCUUUGACCUUAUUUUUCCUGAUCUUUAACUUAACUGUUUUAGAGCAUCUCUGGACGUCUGUAUUUUUAAUUUUUUUUAUUUUUAUUUUUUUUCUUUUUAAUCUUUCAUUUGUUAAAUUUUUAAACUGUGCUGCAAUAAAAUGUGUGUGGUACUAUUUAACACCUAUAAUGGUGAUGGCAUUUUCCCAAAAAGCCAUCUUCCUACUGUUUCCCUUGAAAUCCCAUCCUGCUUUUCCUGUACACUACCCCUCACAAACCACAAGCGGCAGCAACAUGGAUGCCCAGCCUGGAGCAGCAUCAGCCAGGAUGACCUGGAGCCAGGGGGGCCUUCGGAACAGAUGUACACCCUUCCUGGGUGAUGUUUUCAGCUUUGUGAGAAACCUUGUAAACAAAGGAGGAGAUGGCUAGUAAUGUUACCAACAAAACAGACCCUCGAUCCAUGAAUUCCCGUGUAUUCAUUGGGAAUCUCAAUACACUUGUGGUCAAGAAGUCUGAUGUGGAGGCAAUCUUUUCAAAGUAUGGCAAAAUUGUGGGUUGCUCUGUGCAUAAGGGCUUUGCCUUCGUCCAAUAUGUUAACGAAAGAAAUGCUCGGGCUGCUGUAGCUGGAGAGGAUGGAAGAAUGAUUGCUGGCCAGGUUUUAGAUAUUAAUCUGGCUGCAGAGCCAAAAGUGAACCGAGGAAAAGCAGGUGUGAAACGAUCUGCAGCGGAGAUGUACGGGUCAGUACCAGAACACCCUUCUCCGUCCCCUCUACUCAGUUCCUCAUUUGAUUUGGACUAUGACUUUCAACGGGAUUAUUAUGACAGGAUGUACAGUUACCCAGCACGUGUUCCUCCUCCUCCUCCUAUUGCCCGAGCUGUGGUGCCUUCUAAACGCCAGCGUGUUUCUGGAAACACCUCUCGGAGGGGGAAAAGUGGAUUCAAUUCGAAGAGUGGACAACGGGGAUCUUCAUCCAAGUCCGGAAAGUUGAAAGGUGAUGACCUUCAGGCUAUUAAGAAGGAGUUGACUCAGAUAAAGCAAAAAGUGGAUUCUCUGCUGGAAAGCCUGGAAAAAAUUGAAAAAGAACAAAGCAAGCAAGCAGACUUGUCCUUCUCAUCCCCAGUAGAGCUGAAGAAUGAGAAGUCUGAAGAAGAGCAGAGCAGUGCCUCUGUGAAAAAAGAUGAGACUAAUGUAAAGAUGGAGUCUGAGGCAGGAGCAGAUGACUCUGCUGAGGAGGGUGACCUGCUGGAUGAUGAUGACAAUGAAGAUCGGGGGGAUGACCAGCUGGAGUUGAUCAAGGAUGAUGAAAAAGAGGCUGAGGAAGGAGAGGAUGACAGAGACAGCGCCAAUGGAGAGGAUGACUCUUAAGCACAUAGCGGAGUUUAGAAAUCUUACCCCAUUAUUCAUUUGCCUAGGCGCUUGUGAAAGAUCCAAGUCACAGCAGAUCCUCUCCCCUAGAACUUCAGCACAUUCUCACUGUUCGCCCUCUCCUUAUUCUUCCUGUUUCAUUGAUUCAUAAUUGCCCUGCGCCUAGUUCCAUUUCCACUUCCUUUGAUGCUCCUUAGUAGUUUUGUUAAGUCUUACCUUGUAAGUUUUGCUUUUAAUUUUGAUACCUCUUUGACUUAACAAUAAAAAGAUGUAUGGUUUUUAUCUACUGUCUCCAAAAUAAUCUCUUGUUAUGCAGGGAGCACAGUUCUUCCCAUGCCUAUGAUUUUGGUAGUUGCUUCCCUAACUGCAGAGGCAUCUCAUUUAUCUCGUUUACUUGUAACCCUGAGAGCAGCUUUGCAUUAUAGGUGUGUGUUUUCCCUCACAUGAGUGGGACUGUUCAACACGAAUGUAACCAUGUAUUUUUGUGACUGAGAGUUGGCAUGUCAAAUGCAUCUUACAGGAAAAUAGUGUAAUAGUCUCAAUAUUUGUUUUCUAAGGUUAAUACCAUGGGUUAUUUUUGUGAACAGCCUGAUGUUUGGGAUCUUUUUCUCAAAAUAAACAAUUCCUUAUUAAACCAGGAA